UAAGGUGGGAGUCCACUUGUCAAACUUAGAGUCCACUGAAACCUAUCAGUAGUUGUGAACCCAUUAACAUUUAUUGACAUACUCUCCACAAUGAAGAUGCUGCUGAGUUUGGUUGUUCUGCUCUCUGUUUUUCUGUUGAUUAGUUCAGCUCCUCAAACCUGCUACUCAAGGAUUCUGUCUUUGAGCAAAGAAAUCAUGGCAUCAUUUAAGAAUUUACAGAACCCUGAACCUGUGGACCCCUGUGUGGAGAUGCUGCCCAAGCUCUACUUGGACAUACAUAAUUAUUGUGUGUUGGCAAAACUCCGUAACUUUGUGGCAUACCCUGCAUGCCAAAGAGUGCCGCAAGUGAUUGCUCUGAAGGAAAAGAUCCGGAGCCUGUACACCAUUAUGAUCUCCUUCUGCAGGAGGGACUUAGUGUUCCUUACUGACGAUUGUGAUGCUUUGGAAAUCCCUAUCCUGUCUCCGACUGAUCCCUCUGUCAUUCAGAGCUAAGAGAGUCAGACCACAGGAUGUACCUGGGAUGGUUUAAAGGAAGCCAAGAGCCACCCAAAAAAUGCAAUCAACUACAACAUUUACAACCUUGUUCUUUUUCAAGCACACCAGCCCUAUUAUCUCAGACCUACCCAUGUUUCUCAGCCUUGGCAGGAAAUGAUCUGCAUGCCUUACAUACCUAUCAAGCUGCUAGCGAAACUAUGGUUAGAAAGCAUUUUAGUCAUUUGAUGUUUUCAGUUGAGAGCAAGUUAGAAAGUAUGUUUUGUUUGAUCAGAAAUUAAAUGCUGGGUUUGUUACUCUUUCAUGAAUAACUACAUUCAUACCAAAAAAAAAAAAAAUCGUAUUCUGACCUAGUGGUUCCUCUCUCAGUCGAGGUAGGCUUGCACCUGUCUAUUUUUUCUAAAGCAAUUGGUAAAAGUGUUAGUCUGUAGUCACAGACAUCUCUGUACUUGUCCAGUUUAUGUACAUGGAUGUUGAUCCCUUUUAGUGUCAACCUUGUGUGUAUAGAAAGAAACCCUUUAGUCAGUGGAAAUCUCAGUGAAAAACUCAAUUAAAAAACACACCCUUCUACCCAGAGAAGUCAGCAUCACAUCAGAUCCAUUUCACGUACACACUGAAAGAUAUCAUCCCUCUAGCUUCUUUUUCCACAAUCACCCUAUAACUUGAUUUUUUUCCAGCAUGAGCGGUCUUCAGCUUUGUUUCCAUGGCAAUGCAAAUGUUUCUGUGCUUAGAAAUGUCAUCAAAUGUGUUUUUAAACAUUUUAAGAAACACCCAUUUUUAAAUGCUAACUUUAUUAGUACUACUAGAUGAAUAUUCAUUUUUAAUUCAGUUUGUUACAAAAAUUUAGCUUGGGGAGAGCAGUCCAGGAAGCUUAUUCAGAACUUUGAGUGAUAAUUGAGUCAUAGAAAUAAAAUACAUAUAUUGGAUAUAAUAAAGAGCAAGACUGGAAACUCCAUGAAAGCAUCCCAUCUAGUACGAGGACUUUGUGGCCCUGAAAUGUGUACAGGGAGUGAACCCCUCCCCCCUUCAACCUUGCAGAUUCUUGGGACCCACUUAGAAGAAACUCUGAGACCCAUGGAAGUGGCAACUAUACACAUAGAUGGCUCCUUCCUCUACUCUGUGCUGCUGGUUCCUCCUUCACAAGCCUUGAUGCUGGUGGUUGGGGCGUUGUUCUCAGGUGUUACCAACUCUCAUGAUUUUAAUUGCCAGUCUCAAUGUCUGGUGUUUUCUGGCAGCCCCAGCUCCUGGAGUCAUGUGAUUGUGAGAAUCUCAACUUUCAUUUAAAAAGACGUAGAAGUUCCUAGCCCCCUCUUGGCUGCAGUGAAAAGCUUGGAACCAUGAACCCCAAAGGCUCAAAAGUUAUCAGGCAACUAAAAAGAACCCCUAAAUUAUCUUUUUUUAAAAAAUGUCAAGGUUUAAGGGACAGGAAAGAGCUGACAUAUUUUUGGGGUUACCCAAUACCACAGAAACUAUAGUCUUCUCAGCUGUGGCAUGCAGCACUUGGUUCUGAUCAGGGAAGAGGGGCCAUUAGAAUUCUUCAGCUGCCUCUCACAGAUUUACAUAUCAUCAAUAGCAGCUGCUCCACAAAGUUGGAUCACAUUAUGGCUGUUCAUGAACAGGGGCACAGUCGUGCAUGGAGUUCUUGGGGAGAUGGGUUGCAUCUACUGGAUUAGCUUCUGAGGAGGGAGAAUGUUCUAGUGUUUAGAGAAAGGAACUGGAAUCAGAACUCCUACAUAAUGUUCCAACACAGACCUUUGUGUGACUUUGGACAAGUCAAUGUAACUUCUCUGUGCCUCAUUUUACUCAUCUCUAAAAUUAGUAUAAUAUUUUCCUACCUGACAGGAGUGCUCUGAGUUUAAUUAAAAGGACAUGAUAUUUUCAGAAAGGCAAAGUAUUGACGUAUAAAUCUAAAAUUACCAUAUAGAUUAAUGAAGAUCUAAGCAGAAACAAAAUAUGCCUGCAGAAAUCUAAAUGAGCUUGAGAAUUCCAAUAAAAACACAUUGCCAUAAGCAAGAAAGACUAACUCCUUUGCUUGAAGAAUAAGUUUGACCUUGACUCUAUUCAGGUGUGUAUUAUUUACAUCUCAACAGUCCCAUGUGAUCUGAAUAUGAGAGUUAUUUGAAAGCCACCCCAAGAACCUCUGUUACCCCAGAAUAUCUUGUUAGACUGCAUGGAAUUAAGGGCCAGUAAAACACUAAGUCAGAGAUGUAAAAUGAGCAAAAUGAGAGUGAGGAGGUCCCCUUCCACCUUCAUAUUCUGAUCUCAGCCUCUUCCAAUUUCUGUAUGAUCUGCAAAUCUCUAUAUAGAAAGGCAUCUAUAAUACCUCAAGGCCUUGUCUACACUAGAGAAAUACAAUGUACUAACCACUAUUUAAUUCCCCUGCCAUGCCUGGAAUACACCUUCCUCUCCCACCAUGUCCACAUGCAUUCCUCAAAUUUCUCCUAACAGUGCACAGGCAUCCACCCAACCAUUUGGUUUAACUUUGCUUCCAAACAAGGCUCACCACCAUCAUGUGAUCUUCAACUGGUGCACUGCCUAGUGGUGCAAAUAGUCCUUCUCCAACCAUACUAUCGUGCACUGAUCACUGCUUAGGUUGUUUGCCUAGUGUGUUUUCUGCUCAAGCCACUUCCCUCCAUGGAAAGUGCUAUAUAACCCUUAGAACUCAUUUGUAAGCAAUUUGCCAGCCUCAACUUUGAUAGCAUUGACCUAAGGUCAACUCCUUUAGCAGCAAGUGUGUUUCAGAAGAAAAUGAUUAGCAUGCUGGCAGCAGGCCAGGCAGAGCACAAGUACUGAUGUCUCUCUGGGGCAACCAAGAAAUCGAGUCACAGCUGAACUCUGCUAGAAAAAACACUCAUCUUUAAUUAAGUGUCUGAGCACUUGGACAUUUGGUUUAGCAAACAGUGCUGGGGAAAUAUUAAGGGCCUUACAAUGCAACACAACAAGGCCCCUGAUAAUAAUAGCCAAUCCUGGGCAGAGGGGUAAACCUGCUCAUUUUGGGAAGACCUGGACUUGACCUUCUAUGCAGCCUGAUGUGCUUCUAGUCACUAUAGAUGCUCCCUGUACUGCAAGCUGAGGGAUGAGGAAAGGGCAGAGGAGAAGGUUUGCUCCAUAGUCCAGGCACACCAUUGAUGAGGAGCUAGGUUCAACUCAGACUUUAUCAUGUCUCAAAUGCCAUCUUUAACGGAAAAAAAAAAUACUGAAAGCAGAGCUAGUGCUUACAUUUCACAGCAACAUACAGUGGUACAGUUCACCCCAGUGAGGUUCAUGGGUGGGUAAAGCACCAUGUGAAAGAUGCACAAGCAUCUCUCUUCUUUGAUCCUGAAGAGCACUCUCCACUGAGACCUGUGGAGGGGUAAGGAGCAGAGACUGGGCAGGAAUUAGGGAGACACACUGGGCCAUCCUUUUAGUUGCUGUGCACCUCAUGUAGUCAUUUUACCUGAGUGCAAAGCAAGUGUAAAAUGCUACGAAGUUCGAUUGGUAGCAAUAUAUGUUCACUUUGCAUCAGUGUACAAUGACUGCAAAAGGUGCAGAGCCAUGAAGUACCCGGUUGAUUGUCUGCCCACUCGCUUUGUGGAAAAAGUAAAAGUAAUAAAUCCUGAGGCUAGGUCUUUCCCUGGAUCCCCUCUGCAUGCAGCAAACCCCCAUGCAAGAUCACUCCAUAGGAUAGCCAUGGGCAAAGAAAGUAGUUCCAUAGUGAUAGGGCAGAAGAACACUGCCCACCUUUGGAGACACCUUGAGUUCUCCUGUCCCAUGCCACCCCUCUCAGUCAAUUUUCUCCACUGGGGAAAGCUUUGUUUUAAUCGUGUUAUUGUUGCUUCCUUAAUUGGUCUCCCUCCUUACACUUAGUCCUAAUUAAAGCUGGUCUGUGAACGUGGGGCUGGAGGCUGCAGCAAAAUUGUUCAAAAACAUUUAAUUUUCAUUUUUUGGCAACAUUGUUUAUUCUGAAAAAUGCUCCAACCAGCUUAAUUUCCAAUUCUCUAGAAAACCCCACCCUAUGGUUUGUUGUUCAAGAGGCUAAUGUUUGCCUAACUCCCCAUCCAUUGGGCUCAAUGCAGAGAGUUAGGCCAACGCUGGGUGCUUUUGAAAAUCCCACCCACAUCCUUAACAAUAACUGGGUAGAAAUGACGCUCUUAUUUUUCAUUUGAAUCCAAGAAAAUUGGAGGUAACAAACUGUGUUCGAUUGGUCUGAUGGGGAUUUGCCGAUACAGAACACAGACCAAGUUCACCUGUAUGCAAUUCCACUGAAAUAGACAGCAUUAGACUAGAGAGAAAUUUGACCUGGUGUGUUUUAAUCCCUUGUAUUACUAUUUCUUUUUAUAUGAAUUUGUCCAAACUACAUAUAACCAUGGUCUCCAUUCCCCUGUGUGUAUGACAUCUCUGGGCAGUGCAAACACAAGGACAUGAGUUAGCUUUUUCAAAUGCUUUGCUAAAGCUCCGAGAGUAUAGCUUUGAAUGUUACUUUGCAAAUAUUUACCCACUAUGGUUAUCUACACAUCCCUGUCCCUCUUUCUCCCCCCAAAAAUGUUCUAGAGUGGUAGUAAGCUGCUCAAUGCAGAUCCAAACUCCAAAGAAUGAGCACCACGUUUACUUGCAAAAAACUCCUGGAUUUACCUACUUUCUCCCCUUAGACUCACAGUAAACAGCAACCCUAAAUUACUGCCCUAAAUUGCAUUGCCAGCCGGCCAGAAAAAUUCAAACGGUAAGGGAACUGCUGCUAUCUUUCUAAGCCAAAGACAAAGUGUUGUCUCCCCACGCCCAGAAUAAGAUUGUGAUCUCAUGAAAACAAAUUUUCUUAAUCUUCUGUGCCUGUGUCCAUGUUAAAAGCCUCAGUUCAGAAGAAAAGCACAUCCUUGGGUGAUGUCAUAUAGCAGUUAGAAAAUAAGAUCUGAAAAUA